AUAAUUGAAAUUUCAAAUUAAAAAACCCCUGCCUAUAUGGGUAUGGGUUUUACUUUUUAUAAAUACCUGAACCUCUUUAAUGAGGUGAUGGCAUUUUUUUAGACAUAUAUUAUCGAGGCGCAACAUUAAAGUGUAUGAGUGUAUAUAAUCCCGAUAUUUCCGCAGAAAUCUUAGUAUACCAUAAUUUAAUAUUAGUACAACAUUGACACGUAAAUCAACAUUCAAAAAUACAAAACAAAAACCUACAUUUAAAAUUUGAUUAACAUUUCCCACUUAUAUAAAUAAAUCAAAAGUGUUGAAAUCCUAAAGUGAAGCGUUGAAAACGCGGGCAUAACUUCCCAUCGUUUUUUUUACCGUGACUUUUGAGACGAUCUUUGUUCGUGACCAAAAAAUGUCUGGCAAUUCUAGAAAAAAAAAGGUUGAAUUGUCGGGCACGUUAAAACAAUGGUUGGAACCUCGUAUUCGACUCAAACUUAGACAUCAAAAGGGUUUAACUAACGAACAAGCUCGGGUGGAUAUAAUAAAGGACACUUGUAUAAAGAUUUUGUCUCCACUCCCACUAAACGUCUUCGCAAGUGCGAUUAGCCGAUUAGCUCAGAUCGACGAAAUGGACCGGUUAUAUUUGAUCGAGAGAUUACUCAACAUAACUCCAAAUCCCGAUAUGGUUACAGGCGAAAGAGCAAAUGACUUAAGAGAAUUUUUGGUUGCUACUCUUUCUCCCUCAAACGCUGACGCUAACGGCGCUACGACAAUUGAAGUUGCUCCACCCUUAAUGGAUGUAGCAAAAUCUGUUUUACAACAAUCUCACAGAGAUUGGAUUGGUACUCGUGAAGCGCUUUCGACAUUCCUUAAGGAAUGUACUGCAAAAUUUAACUCUGAAAAAAACGUUUAUAUGGUUUAUCCUCAUUUAUCCGACAUUUCUAGAAAAUUAUUCUUAGAGAAAGAGCAGAGAACUGGUGUAGAAUAUUUCUUUGCAUGUAUUCAGAAUGUUGCUGAUUCAAUGGGUUACAAAUUUAAAGAUCUAAUUAAAAUAGAUGUUCCUCCCCGUGAAGGGGAAAAAGUUAAGAAGCUUAUGAAUGAAUUCUUUCCAAAAGGAAUACGGGUAGAAGAUGAUGAUUGUAUUAAUGAUCCCAAUAAUAAUGUUAAACGACGUAUAAGACCACCAUUGCUUCGACCUCGAUGGCACAAUCAGCAACAUAUGAUGCUUUUAGCAUUGCAAAAUUCUCCAGAUUAUACAUUGGCACGUGGCGAUUUAAUUGACGCUGCUAUUUCUUUGGAUGAGAAGUUGAGUGCUGUAACAGGUUUACCACGAUGUUUUACUGGUCAGACACCAAGAAAUUCUGCUAGCGCCUGUUUGACAACAAAUGCAGACAAAUAUUUUACAGUAUUCAAGAAAGAUCCGAAUUCGCACACUAACUACUAUAAGCUAUCAUUUAUUCCAAACGAUCUUGAUGAUGCCAUCAAACAUUAUAGGCGGUGGAUGAAUGAUAUAAUUGAACAUGAUUGGCCAUUAUGUUUUGGGAAACCUAAAAAAUUAAAAACAGUGCAAAAUAGUGGACAUAUAGUUAUGCUUAGUGUCGGUGCCGUAAGUAAUCCUCUCCAUUCGCGAUGUCGUCGUUGUGUCGCAGAAUCAUCAUGUGACACGAAAUUACCAGCUUGCGGAAAAUGUAAAUCAAGAGGACACUUGUGUAUUUAUCCAUUUAGAGCAGGUGUAUAUGAAAAAACUGAAAGGGGGAAAGUAAAAUGUUCUACAUUACCUACAUCACAAACAAAUCCAAAUCCAAAUCCAAAUCCAAAUCAAAAUCAAAAUCAAAAUCAAAAUCCACAUCAAAAUCCAAAUCCGAAUCCGAAUCCGAAUCCGAAUCCAAAUCAAAAUCAAAAUCAAAAUCAAAAUGGCGUAAUUGAUACACGUCCAGCUACGGCUACAAGAAAUAAGAAAAAAUUGCAACAACAAAUUGUCGAACAACAAAAAAGGAUGGAAUCGGGAGAUCCUGAUGCAUGUAGAGCUAGUUUACCUGAUGAAAUAUUAGAUGGAUUAGAUCUUUCAAACGUACCCAAAAGUUUAGAUGAUGUUGUUGAAGUCCGUCUUUCAACUAUUCCAAAUGCUGGUAAUGGACUUUUUGCCAAACGUAAUCUUCCAAUAGGAACGCCUCUUGGAUUUUAUUUUGGUGUUCCAAUGAUGGAAGAUGAAUUUGAUGAACGUAAGGAUAAAGUUGGAAAAGCAUCACAUUAUUCUAUGAGAUAUAAACAUACAAUCCUUGAUGCUACUGACGAGAAAGGUGAACCAUUUACAAAACGAGACGGACCAAUAUUUUGUCCUUUUCAUUUUAUGAAUGAAGACCCAUUUGGAAAUAUGGUAUUUCUGGAAGGAAGUGAAGUCAAUCAAGUUAUAUGUUGGACGAAGCGAGAUAUUAAAAAAGGAGAAGAAUUGUUUGUUUAUUAUGGAGGAGAUGUAGAUCGAGAACAUUGGGGGCAAGCUGAAAAUAGUGAGCAAGUUAAUUGUGUAGGAGACAGUGAGGAAGAAGAAAUUGAAUUUAGUGAUGAAAAUGUAACGGAUGAAGAUGAAGAUGAAGAAUCAAUUGAUAAAUAUGAGGAGAAUAGCAAUGCAAAGAACAUUGAUGGCAAUAAAAUUACAGGAAAAAAAAGGAGGACCACACCAAAUAAAAAUCAGAGAUCGAAGAAAAGAACAAAACGAGCUGUAUCAAAUAAAAGAAAGAAAUCACAAGUUAUAGAAUCUGAAUUUGGAUCUGAAGAAAGUAUAGAAGAAGCAGCAGCAGAUGACGAAUCAAUGGAUUAUAAUAUUAAUAUGUAUGAUACACCACCACCACCUAAGAAAAAGAAAGCUGUUAAAAAACGAUAAAAUAAAUAUGUUCUAGUUAUAUAAUAAUUAAUAGGAUUUAAUGGUAAUGUGAUGAAGGUAGGCUAUAAAUAUAUAAUAAUACAUUUAGAUUAUUGAUUUUUCAUUUUCAUUCAUUUAAUGGAAGAAAUAGUUAAUUAUUUCUGAUUUAAUUGCAUAUAAAUUUUAUAUAAUUCGAAAGUUACCUG